GGGCGGGGAUAAGAGAGGGGCGGGGCAGGCCGUCAGCUGACGGCUGGGAGCGGAGCGGCCGGUGCUGCCACGAGAUGACCACGGCGCUGACCCAGGGGCUGGAGCGGAUCCCUGACCAGCUGGGCUACCUGGUGAUCUGCGAUGGAGCCGUGCUGGCGUCGGCCGGUGACCUGGAGAACGCCGAGCACACGGCCGGGGUGAUCUCGGAGCUGGUGGCCACAGCCUGCGGCUUCCGGCUCCAGCGUGGCCCCGACCCUCCCUUCAAACGCCUCUCAGUGGUGUUCGGGGAACACACCUUCCUGGUGACCGUCUCCGGCCAGAAGAUCUUCGUGGUCAAGCGACAGAACCACUUGCGGGAGCCGGUCGCCGUCUGAGCCGCGGGGGCGGGUUCCACGCGCGAGUGUGGCUGGGUGAAACGGGGGGAGGGCUCCCCUUGAGUUCCUGGCCCUGGCUUGACCUGUGGGGGUGUCUCAGGCUGGUCGGGGACCCCGCCACCAGCUUUCCCCUGGCACCACCUGCCCCCCAUGGCUGCACCUGCUAGGGCCAGCUGGGAGGGGUCUCCCACUUCACCAGGGCCCCCUGCUGGGGCAGGAGGGCUCCAGAAAUGCCCCCUGCAAAUGCCCACACCUGGUGGCGACAGGACGGGAGGCUGCAGCGGCAUCUGUGGGGCUUUCUGGAGAUUUGGGGCGAGGGGAAAUCGGUUCCGGCCAGGGGCCUCCCUGUAACUGUUCAGAGAAUAAAGUGUCUUUCCUAGCUGGUCUGGGGGGUUUCCUUACUUUGGGGCACUGGGGGGGGGGGCUGUGGGGGCCCUACCCCCCAUGCUCGAGGAGAGCCCUUGAGGUGCCGUGGGUCACCACUACACCCUUUGCCCUCUGCAGCUACAGCCUGUGUGGGUCACACGGGGGGGGGGGCAGCUCCCCCCAGCUCGCAGGGAUGGCUCAGGCUCCCUGCACAUGCAGCCAGUGGCAGUGGGUCAUUCCUAC